AUGGAGCUUCUAAGUGCCACUCAAGAAAUCGAGUCACAAUUACAUAAGGUUUCAGCUCCAUUAUUGAUUCUUCAUGGAGCAGCAGAUAAGGUGACAGAUCCAUUAGUGAGCCAAUUUCUUUAUGAGAAAGCUUCUAGCAAGGAUAAGACACUAAGGAUCUAUGAAGGAGGUUACCACGGCAUCUUGGAAGGGGAACCUGAUGACAGAAUUUUUGCUGUCCAUAAUGACAUUAUCUCAUGGCUUGAUUUUAGGUGCUCACUUGAAUGA